GCCUGGCAAAGGAAUGCUCCCUCGUGCUUCCAAGCCUUUUCUACAACCACAUGAGAAAAAGCAGAGCCUGUGGGCACGCUGCAGAUGGUAAUACAAAUUUUGGCAGGGAAAUACCUGAUGGAGGAACACUGUCUCCUGCCCGUCCUGUUCCCCUCCCACCACCAAAAAAAAACCUGUUGGCAGCAGUUAUUUGAAGAAGAAAUUAUGUGAGUUUGGAUACCUGCUCCAGCCUGGAUUAAGAGCCAUGAAGUUUUGAAGGAGGCUGACCACAGAUGGAGCCAAGUGAGUUGAGAAACGCUGAGGACUAGAAACACCAGCAUCAUCAUUAUUAUUUUUUAUUAAAAAAAACCCGUCCCAGUAAAGCAUAAGGAGCAAGGGACAAAAAUAAACUGGAGCUCCAGGAAAGGAACAAAACAUGCAGACCUCCUCAGAGAGGAUAACAGAGGCCUACCUUCCAUUAUCUUAUGAUACCAACCAUCUCCCUUCGCUGGGAGGAGAAGUGUCCAGAAAGAGCCUGAUUUCAAGGCCUUCUCCAGGGGCUGGGGGGUCCACGAGGAAACCUGAGGCGGGAGAAGAGUAUCCCUCAGGAAGGGCUUUCUUCAAGGGGAGGUGCCCGUUCUGGCCGAAGAGGAAAGGGGCUGCCCAUCCCCCCCAGGGACAGGUGACCCCCAAGAGCCGUCUCUGCAUGGAGGCCACUCAUGAGAGCCCCAUCCAGGCUGUCCGGAAGCCAGCCACACGUGAAUACGCCCAAGGGCUGGACUCCGACGAGGAAUCUGUGGGAGGGAAAACCGGCUGCUCUCUCCUCAGGAAGCUCCUGUGUCUGAAGAAGACGCCCACCGGCCCAGAGGCAUCGCCAGCCCAGAUGGCAAGAGCCAGGUGCGGGCCUGUGGCCGCCCUCAGCAGAACCGCCGACCCGGAAGGGGAGUCUCCUCUGAGGUGGCAGUCCAGAGCUAUGGCCCAGAGCCCAGCAGAGGCCAGCUCCAUCGCGGAGGCAGCAGCGGCGGUGGCAGAUCCAGUGGACAGGCUUGUCGGGUGGUGGGUGAUGAAGCCAUGGAGAGCUUUCAGGGCCAUGCUGAGAUCCAGAGCCAAGAAAAGGUCGGUUCUCCCAGAGAACAAGAGAAUUCCCAAGGCGGUGGAAGAAAGGGAUAUUCGCCUCCCUGCAGAGCCCGAAACCUCGCCCAUUGCCAGGCGGGGUGGAUCCCUCUGUUUUUCAGCCACAGAGGACAAAACUCUUGCAUCCGACAUGGGUGAAACUCAUGGCCCCCAAGAGGAGGAUGAAGGCUCAAGGUGCGGGCUGGAGAUCCAUGGGCGGGCAGAGGACGAUAUUUCGGACCCCGCGACUGAACAGGAAGUCGACGAGCUCUGCACUUUCUUGAGCGAGGGAAGGCAGCUUCGGGAAGAGAGCCGAGGCCUCAGGGGUAUUUUUGAGUGGAGAGGAGCUGGCCACCUUCCUGGGGGGGACGGAGUAGAGGCGGAAGACAUCGCAGAGCAGGCCCCUGAGCUGGGGGACUACAGGUACUGGGCCGAGGCAUCGGACGGAGAAGAACAGGCUCUUGGCGAUCUUGCCGAGAACCCAGGAGGGCAGGGCAUGGUGAUGGCGACGAGAGAUCUGGGCUGGCUGGACAGCGAGUUGCUGACAAGCCCGGUGGUUGGGAUGGGUGGGCGGAAGGAAAAGCGGGGAAGGGAUGUUUCCACUGCAAGCAAUCCCGAAAGCCAAGCAACUGAAGGAGAGAAUGGGCGUGUGGUGGACAUCAUCAGAGAGAUCAAACACAUCCGUCAGGAAGUGCUGCAUCUUAGCAGCUGCUCGGUUCCUCUGCCAGCCUCACCACCUGGCAGAAGCGAUGCUCUGAAACCAGACCCUUAUGACGCUUCUAGGGCCUACAUCGCAGACAAACAAGGGGCACCAUCUCCUGGCUUCCCACAGACCCUGCUGACCCCCCUGGAGCCGCCUCCCUCCUUUCCACCCAGAGGGCAAGGCCUUCAGGAGGGGCCACCCCCAUCAAGGCCAUGCCAGGUUCUCGCAGAGGACGGAGGAAGGGAAGUGUGCCAAAAGAGAGGAAGCUCCGGGCGGAAGCUGGCAUCGCCCACGGAGGAGGAAACCGUGGCAGAGCUAGGGGAGGAGGACAAGCAACGGCUCUACCUGGCUGCGGUGGAGAUCGUGGGCGCUGCCAUCGAUGCUGCAGCAGAGCAGCUGGCAAAGGCGGCCGAGCAAGGAGAGCUGGGGUCCAGCAGAGAGGUUCCUUGAGGUCCCCGUUCCUGGGGAGAGCAGAGAACUUGGAAAGCCAGGAAGGCCAUGCUCUCGUGCACCUCAGCAUUAUCCAGCUCUCCUGCCUGGCACCGAUGGGAGUUGAAGUCCAAGACAUUUAGGGGGCACCCAGUUAACAGAGCAUGCUUUAAAUUCUUGGUUCAGGGGCCAUGCCUGCGCCACAGUUCCCCCUACUGCCUUCACCAGCCUCCCCCUCUUAAUUCCUUAGUAACUUAUGGCACCCCAUUUUUAUUUUUUAAAAGACCCUUUUAUUCCAGAGCCUGUGGGCAAGAGGAACAGGAGCGAAGGACUGAGGAGGUCUGACGUGUCAAAAAUACAAUUAAACCUGUUCCAAUGAAGUUUCCAUCUGCUCGUUUGUACCUCACCCUCUUGCAGGGCUGGUUUUAGGAACGUAGGAAGCUUCUACUGAGUCAGACCAGACAUCCAGCUCAAUGCAGACUGCACUGGUUGGCAGCAGCUCUCCAGGGUUUCAGGCCGGGGUGUGUGCGCUCUCUCUCUCUCUCUCUCUCAGCCCUAUGUGGAGAUGCUAAAGGGGAUUGGACCUGCAUGCAAAGCAGAUGCUGUAACCACUGAGCAACAGUUGCCCUC